AUGCAGAGGCUUUCAUUUCACAUCAUCGCUGUCAUAAUAAGCUAUUUUCUCAAUGGCUGCAUAGUUGUUCACAGCCAGACAGUCUGCAACCGACCAGCCAAUCUGGAAUGGCACCUACAACCACAAACUGCUCAGGUGAAAUGGACACUCAUGGAAAACAUCUGCGAUAGUAUGGUCGAAUGUUGGGGUGAUCAAGAAAGGACAGAGACCCAAAAGUCAGAUGUUCCGCCAACUUGGAACUUACCUCAGAUUUGUCCUCUAGAGGUGCAGUUUGGCGUCAAGCUGUUUGUUUCUAUUGAUGCCACUCUGGAUUUAUACGGUAUCAGGAUCCUCAAUGUGUCAAAGGAGGACUUUGAAAGUUGUUCCACUGCACCACAGUCACAAGACCAGUUUGUCUGUUCCGAUGACGUUAUGAAUGUGUCUAGGCAGGUCCAACCUAAGUGGCUUCUCCCGGGCCUUCAUUAUUUCAUAGCUUCUCAUGAGGGGAAUUCACAGCUCUGCAAGCUGGGUCUUCGUCUCAACGUCUCUGUGAAGGAACAACAGUGUCAAAGCAGCCCACUAGUGCGACUCUGCUCCGGGAGCGGUGUUUGUAGGACAAGCUUUUGGGAAGACGGAGCGUACCGCUGUCAGUGCCGCCAGCAUUACUCUGGAAAGUUCUGUGAGAAGUUUGAUGCGUGUUUGGAAAACCCAUGUGAGAACGAAGGAGUCUGUGUAACCAAUGGUACGACAGAUCACAUCCACGUAACGUAUAAGUGUUUGUGCCCUCCACAUUUUACAGGGGCUAACUGCUCUGAUGUGAUUGGACGAGAGAACUGCGAUAGAUUUUGUUCUAAUGGAUCGUGUCUCCAAGUUUCACCUUUCUCCUUCAAAUGUGUGUGUUACACAGGACACCCAGGUCCACCUUGUGGGACAUCUUGUGAUCCCAACCCAUGUCAGAAUGGCGGAGAGUGUGAGGAGAGCUCCGAGAGCGCCGCUGGAUAUGCUUGUUGUUCAGAUGGCACCACAGGCCCACAGUGCAGGAGGCAGCGAGGCCCAUGCAGCACUUCGCCCUGCCACAACAACGCCAGCUGUUUAGUCCAGGGAGAGGACUACGUCUGCAGGUGCCUGCCAGGGUUUUCCGGGAAAAGCUGUGAAGAGAUAAUAGACUACUGCAGUCUGCUCAGUGUCAACUGUCUGCACCAGGGACUGUGCCUCAGCGUAAUUGGUGGAUAUAAUUGUCUCUGUGCUCCUGGAUGGAUAGGGGAGUUCUGUCAGUAUGGAGGGAACGCCUGCCUGAUCUACCCAGACAGCUGUAUGAAUGGGGCCACCUGCAUCACCACAAGUCAACCUACGGCUCCCCCACAGUACAGAUGUAUCUGCAGACCCCACUGUGAGACAGAAAUUAACCAGUGUUUCUCCAACCCCUGUCUGCACAAUGGGACAUGCUUGGACUCUGUUGGCUUCUACAAAUGCAGGUGUCCACCAGGAUUUCUGGGCCAGAAGUGUGAGGUGGAUGUAGAUGCCUGUACCCUACCCAACACCACAUGCCCUAGAAACACACAUUGUCUGGAUCUGCCUGAUGGACUGAAGUACACAUGUCGCCUGCUGUGCCCACCGAACAUACAACCAUGUGCCAACGGAGGACGUUGUGUCGUGAACAACGCCAGCAGUUACACCUGCGUCUGUGCACCUGGAUGGGCAGGAGGUAACUGCCGCUUAAACAUCAACGAUUGUGUUCAGCACUGGUGCCAAAACGGGGCCACUUGUGUAGAUGAGAUUGAUGGCUACAGCUGCCUUUGUCCCAGAGGAUACAGCGGUAGCUACUGUGAGAUGGACGUUGAUAACUGCAUUGGACACCACUGCUCUGAGCACGGCGUAUGUCUAGACCAACAAUCCAACUAUACUUGUCGCUGUGAGCUCGGGUUCCAGGGGAGCUACUGUGAGCAGGAGACGGAUGAGUGUAGGAGCUCCCCGUGUGUCAAUGGUGCCACCUGUGAGGAUGUCAUCGGAGGCUAUCAAUGCCACUGCCCCCCAGGGUUUGAAGGGAGAUGGUGCUCAGAGAAUGUUAAUGACUGCUGGUCAAGGCCUUGUUUGAAUGGAGGUUCCUGUAUGGAUCUGCUGAAUGGAUACAUCUGCCACUGUCCUUUUGGGUUUCAAGGGGAAGAUUGUUCUGUGGAUAUGGACCUCUGCUCACUAGGAACAUGCCAAGAACGCACGGUGACCUGCACUGAGACUGGGAAUGGACAGAACGUCACAUGUAUUUGUGAAAAAGGCUUUGGUGGGCCGUUCUGUGAGGUGAAUCUGAACGACUGCAAGUCGAUGCCGUGCCAGAACGGAGCUGUGUGUGUGGACGGUGUGGACCUGUAUCACUGCUUCUGUCCAGCUGGUAAAAACUGCUCUACACCUGUUAUUGAAUGUGCGUCAGGAGAUAGGACAAAAUGCAAAAAUGGAGGCACCUGUUAUAUCUCUGCCGGAGUGGUUCACUGCACUUGUCCACCAGGAUGGGGAGCCGAUGACUGCUCUGCACCCGUGAACCAGUGUGUGUUGAAUCCCUGUGACCCGGAGGGGACCCUGUUCUGUGAAGAGCUGCCCUACGGCUUCAAAUGCGUCUGCCAACACGGGUACAUGGGGCGGCUGUGCGAAAUCCUCAUAAGUCACUGCGUCGAUGGGCUGUGUCAUCGCGGAUCAAAGUGUGUGGAUCUACCGAGAGGAUUCAAGUGCCAUUGUUUACCCGGUUUAACGGGACAAUUCUGCGACGUGAACAUAGAUGACUGUGAAGAGAAGCCGUGCGGUGUUCUGAGUAUUUGCAAAGACACCGUCAACGGCUACAAUUGUUUCUGUGCACCUGGAUUCAUUGGUAAUAACUGUGAGGUGGAGGUAAACGAGUGUCUGAGCCAGCCCUGCCACAACGGAGCUUCCUGCUCUGAUGAGCUCAACGCAUUCAGCUGCUUAUGCCCAAUCGGAGUCACAGGUGACUACUGUGAAAUCAACAUUGAUGAGUGUCUGUCAGGGCCAUGCAGACACAAUAGCACGUGUUUGGACCUGGCCAAUGGCUAUGAAUGUGUCUGUCUACCCGGCUUUACUGGCGCUGGGUGUGAGUUCGACAUUGACGAGUGUGCCUCUUCUCCCUGCAAGAACGGAGCCACUUGCAUUGACCAGCCUGGCAAUUACCACUGUCAGUGUGUGGCUCCAUUCAAAGGUAGGAACUGUGAGUUCCUCCCCUGUGAGGCCAACAACCCCUGUGAGAACGGUGCUGAGUGUGUAGAGGAACCUGAUCAGGUCCAUUUCCCUCUGGGUUUCCGCUGUCGCUGUCGACGUGGCUUCACAGGCCCCCGCUGUGAGAUCAACAUGGACGAGUGCAGCUCCAACCCCUGCCUUCACGGCUUCUGCUACGAUGUGGUAGAUGGGUUCUACUGCCUGUGCAACCCUGGCUAUGCUGGUGUGAGAUGUGAGCAAGACAUAGACGACUGUGCCAGCAACAUGUGCAGCAACAACUCAACCUGCAGAGACCUCCACUUGACUUACGAGUGCCUCUGUGUCCCCGGAUGGGAGGGCGAAUUCUGCCAACAGGAAAUAGACGAGUGUUCAUCACAGCCGUGCUUAAACAAUGCCACCUGUACUGACCUCCUCAACAGCUACCAGUGUCUAUGCCCGCAGGGCUGGGUAGGUGUGGACUGCUCUGAGGAUGUGGAUGAGUGUGACUCUGGGCCCUGUCUGAACGGAGCUCAGUGUCAGGAGUCACCCCUACCUGGGGAGUUCAGCUGCACCUGCCCCCCCUUCUUCAGUGGGCCCUUAUGCAACAUGCCCUUUGAUCCCUGUGACCCCGCCCACGAUCCCUGCCUGCACAAUGCCACCUGCCUGACUCGUUCUGAUGGAACAGCAGCCUGCAGAUGCCAACCCGGAUUCCAGGGAACGAGCUGUGAAAUUGACACCGACGAGUGUAUCUCAGGCCCAUGCCAGAACCAGGGCCACUGUCUUGACCGGGUCAACAGCUACAGCUGUGACUGUGAGCCUGGGUUUUCUGGCCGACACUGUGAGGAAGACAUCAACGAGUGUGCCUCCAGACCCUGCCAAAAUGGAGGCAUUUGCCAAGACCAGAUUAACAGGUUCCACUGUAAUUGCCCAGCUGGAUAUUUUGGCACCUUGUGUGACCUGGAUAUUAAUGAGUGUGAAGUUUCACCUUGCCUUCACGAGGCCGUCUGUAUCAACGAACCUGGAGGCUUCAAGUGUGUCUGUCGCCCUGGAAACGCAGGGACAUGGUGUGAACUGAGCAUAGACGAGUGUGUGUCGAACCCGUGCCAAAACGGCGGGAGCUGCGUGGAUGGUCCCAGUCGAUACCAGUGCUUAUGUGCUGGAGGCUUCAUGGGUUUCCAUUGCGAGACCAACUUUGAUGAAUGCAUGUCGGGCCCCUGUCUUCACGGGAGGUGCAUUGAUGGAGUGGAUGUGUAUUACUGUCAGUGUGAAUUGGGAUGGACUGGUGCCAGAUGUGAAAUGAACAUUGAUGAGUGUUCUUCCAGUCCGUGUCUGAAUGGUGGCUCCUGUGUGGACUUGAUUGAUAAAUAUGCGUGUUUCUGCCUGGAUGGAUACACUGGAAAGAACUGUGACAUUGACAUAGACGUCUGUCUAGAAACCCCCACCAAUGUCACCCUGUGUUUAAAUGGAGGGACUUGUCUCGAUGGCCAAGGCUCCAGUUUCACCUGCAGUUGUCCAGCAGGUUUCAUAGGGGACUUCUGUGAGAUGGACGUUAAUGAAUGCUGUUCAGAUCCAUGUCUCCACGGGGCUAUCUGCCAAGACCUGCUUAACGGAUACCUCUGCCACUGCAGGGCAGGUUGGACAGGCCUUCACUGUGAGUUGGACAUUAAUGAGUGCCUUCCGCAGCCCUGCAACCAAGGGAUGUGCAUCCAGAAUGAGCCUGGCUACGGCUACACCUGUUUCUGUCGUCCUGGAUUUGUGGGGAGGAACUGUGAGCACAAUUACGAUGACUGCCUGCUCCAGCCGUGUCCGGGAGGAUCCUCCUGUGUUGAUGGUAUCAAUGAGGUCAGCUGUCAGCCAGUCGAGGGAGACAUGUCCUCUGUGCCCUGGGAGCCUUCUAUGACACAAACCCCUCGGGGAUCCCUGCUCACCACGUCACCAAUGUCACCAGUUUCACCGUACAGUGAACAACCAACAGGUAUGGAGCGGCAGGCCCAGAUGGCAUCCCUGGCCGUGUCCUCAGAGUGUGUGCUGGCAGGCGUCUUCUCAGACAUCUUCAACAUGUCCCUAUCCCAGGCUGUAGGUCCCCCCUGCUUCAAGGAGACCACCAUCGUCCCUGUGCCCAAGAAAAAUAAAGUGAAAUGCCCAAAUGACUAUCGCCCGUUGCACUCAACCCGGAACACCUAUGUGAGAAUGCUGUUCAUAGACUAUAGUUCAGCAUUCAACACUAUUUUUCCCUCCAUGCUCGACACCAAGCUCAGAGCCCUGGGUCUGGACACCACCCUCUGCAACUGGAUCCUGGACAUCCUGAAGGGCAGACCACAGGCUGUCCUCUCCAAAUACUGCGGCUGCACCAUCGAGAGUGUCCUGACCAGUUGCAUCAUGGCCUGGUAUGAGAAUUGCUCCAUCUACAACCGUAAGGCCAUCCAGCGGGUGGUGAAGACGGCCCAGUACAUCACUGGGACCGGGGCCCUCCAGCGGGUGGUCGGGUGGUGGUGCCCAGUACAUCACUGGGACGUGGCCAUCCAGCGGGUGGUGAAGACAGUACAUCACUGGGACCAGCGGGUGGGGCCCUCAUCACUGGGACCGGGGCCCUCCAGCGGGGUGAAGACGGCCCAGUACAUCACUGGGACCGGGGCCCUCCAGCGGGUGGUGAAGACAGCCCAGUACAUCACUGGGACCGUGGAGCGGGUGGUGAAGACCCAGUACAUCACUGGGACCGUGGCCCUCCAGCGGGUGGUGAAGACAGCCCAUCACUGGGACAUCACUGGGACCAGUACAUCACUGGGACCGUGUACAUCACUGGGCCCUCCAGCGGGUGGGGAAGACGGCCCAGUACAUCACUGGGACCGUGGCCCUCCAGCGGGGGUGCCCAGUACAUCACUGGGGGUGAAGACAGCCCAGUACAUCACUGGGAAGACGGCCCUCCUGGGCGGGUGCUUCCCUCAGCCCAUCCCAUCUAUCUCUGCUGGCCACCCACUUCAGGUUUCUACACAACACAUAUCUUUCAACUAUGCUGUGCAGCAUGACAAUGAUCCCAAACACACCGCCCGGGCAACGAAGGAGUGGCUACACUCCAGCUACGUCCAGUACUCUGGUAAUUCCUACUUGGAGUUUGAGGGCAUAGACCUUGGUGCCAACAACAACAUCACUGUGAGGUUUCAGACCCAGGAGGCCCAGGGGACCAUCCUGUACGUUGACCAAGGAGCAGUGACCAGGGGCUUCUUUUUCAUGAAACUCUUCAUCCAGGAGGGAAUGCUACAGUAUGUCUUCUCCUGUAACCGAGAGGAAGGGAUCAGAAGGAUCAAUACAUCCAUCCGGGUUGACGACGGCAAUCCAUACAUCGUCUACGUCAGUUGUUUUGGGGUGUCAAAAUACAAUAUCUCCAGUGAAUGA